CAUACUCUUUUAAUCUAUUUAUCUUUGAUAGUCAUAUUUGCUAUAUAAGCGUCUGCAUCUCUAGUACGACUUCAGUCGCAGGAAGUAGACGAACAUGAAAUUUAUCAUCAGUGUUGUAAUCGUCGUGGCCGCUUUUGCGGUCAUCUCCGAUGCCAGGGUGUUCACAAGAUGUGAGUUGGCGGAGGAGCUGUUGAACCAAGGAUUCAAAAAAUCAGAUUUAGCAGAUUGGGUUUGUCUUGUUGAACACGAAAGUUCGAGGAACACAACAAAAAAAGGGGGCCCGAACAAGAACGGAUCCUACGACUAUGGACUUUUCCAGAUCAAUGACAAAUAUUGGUGUUCACAUGACAAAAAAGGCAAAGACUGUAAAGCCAAAUGUGACGAUUUGAGAAAGGACGACAUUACGGAAGCGUCGAAAUGCGCCCAAAAGAUUUUCAAAAUUCAUGGUUUCAAGGCGUGGUACGGUUGGAAAAACGGAUGCACAAAGAGCAAACCCGACCUGACUCCCUGCCAUCUCUAAGGAACAGUUAAACGAAACAGAAUCAUAACUGAUUCCUCUAUGUACUUGGAACUAUCAUUAACCAAAAAUAAAUAUUUUUGAUUCUUCAUAUGAAAACACGAAUGUAUUCAUAUUUAUAUUGGUCUUUAUAAUAAACUAAUUGUAUAACCCUCAGAGGGAUAA